AUGCCGCCCUCCGAUCCCCACCACCACCCUGACGAUGACUCGGAGCCGGAGAUGCUCGCAGAGGAUGAUGCAUUGGAGGAGAUUGAGGACGGUGAGGGCGACAUAGCAAUGGACUCGGACAACGAAGACGGGCAAGAGGAGAUUACCCUACACAAUGACAGCAUUGCGUAUUUUGAUCAGCACAAGGACAGCGUCUUCACCAUAGCCCAGCAUCCCAAAUACCCGUCGUUGAUUGCCACUGGAGGAAGUGAGGGAGACUCUGACGAUGCGCCGGGUAAGGGAUACGUCUUCGACACGUCUGCAGCCCAGUCAGGGCCCGUCCUGCCACCGAGCUAUAACUCCGACCCAACCGCUGCCCAGACAACCACGCAGCUAGAGCCCAUCUUCGCCAUCGAAGGACACACGGACAGCAUAAACGCGCUGGCAUUCACACAACCGAACGGCGAAUUCCUCGCGUCGGGCGGCAUGGACGGUCGGCUCCGGGUAUAUUCGGUCGCGGUACCGGGAUCAGGCUCAGCCUCGGCGGCGAAGAUCGCAUUCCUGGCCGAGUCGCAGGAAGUGCCCGAGAUCAACUGGCUGGCGCCCUGCCCGUCGGCCACCUACCCCAACACGAUCGCCCUCGGAGCAUCGGACGGUUCCGUGUGGGUCUACACCAUCGACGCCUCCGACGCCUCCAACCCAGUCCAGAUCAUCCAGUCCUACUUCCUGCACAUGGAGCCCUGUACCGCCGGAGCAUGGUCCCCCGACGGACAACUCCUAGCAACCGUCGCCGAGGACAGCAGUCUCUACGUCUGGGACGUCUGGGGCGCCGCGGCCGCCAAGUCCCUCGUGACGGAGAACGGGCAGACAGUCGUGGCGCUCACCGCCGCAGACCAGCGCUUCGCCGUCGAGGGGGGCCUAUACUCGGUAGCCGUAUCCCCGAGCGGCACGCUCGUGGCCGUAGGCGGCGCGGGCGGCUUCAUCAAGGUCGUCGGCCUCCCGCGGCUGUCCGACGACACCCCGGCGGCGGCUCAGCGCGGCGCCCGCGGCGCCGAGGCGUCCUCGACCCACGCCGGCACGAUCCUCGCGUCGCUGCACGCGCAGUCCGACUCGAUCGAGUCGCUGGCCUUUGCGCCCGCGCCCGCCACCCUGCUGGCGGCCGGGUCGGUCGACGGCAGCGUGGCCGUGUACGACGCGGCGCGCGGCUUCAGCGCCCGCCGACACCUGCGCGGCGCCCACGACGACUUCAGCGUCGUCCGCGUCGAGUUCGUGCGCUCCCCCCCGCAGUCCGCCGCCGCGGGCUGGCUCCUCACCUCGUGCGGCAUGGACGGCGUCGUCCGCCGCUGGGACCUGCGCGUCGGGUCUGCGCCUGCCGCGCACCAGCAACAGCAGCAGCAACAGGGUGGUGCGCCCUCCACGCCGGCUUCGUCGGGGUUGGUGAAGGAGUGGAGGGGUCAUAGGGGGGAUGGGGAGGGCGGAGGCGUCCUCGGGUUCGUGCAGGGGGAGACGGGGGAGAGGGUUGUCACGGCGGGGGAUGAUGGGCUUGUGUUGGUUUUUGAAGCGUGA